UGAAGCGUGUUCAACGCAAUCUGGGGACUUCCGAUUACAGCUGGUGUAUGUCUGUGUAUGUCAGUUAGGAAGUGGGGAGUUCAACGGUCGGAAGAUGGAAUGGAGGCUAUGCAAUUGUGAGAGUGCAGGUAUGCAAUAAGCCCCAGAUCGGGCCAAGGUUUUCGUCCCGCUGAUUCCGGGGGAACACCACACCACCGCACUGCUUGCAAUACUCCUUAUCGCCACCCUUAUCCAACUCAAACUGGCUUACAAACAACUAUAAGAACACCUCACCACACACCACUUCACCAUCAUCUCCUUCACUCAAACAAACAAACCAACCUACCAACAAACCAACGAUGUCUGUCUGCCCUACCACAUCAGCACCCGGCCAUCUGGCCAAGUACAUGGACCUCCCUCAACCUGAGAACUUGAUCCAGGCUGAAUACGUUUGGAUCGACGGAAGUGGUGGCUUACGUUGCAAGACAACCACGAUGGAUCUGCCAGCUUCUGGUCAAGUGACCGUGGCCGAUUGCAAGGAGUGGAACUUUGAUGGCUCCUCAACUGCCCAGGCCUCGGGCCAUGACUCUGACGUCUUCCUCCGCCCGGCCGCCGUUUUCAAAGACCCGUUCCGUCGGGGCAAGAACGUCCUCGUUCUUGCGGAAUGUUACAACUCCGACGGCACCCCGAACAAGACCAACUUCCGAUACUCCUGCAAGAAGUCCAUGGAUGCCGCCGCCCAACACAAGCCUUGGUUCGGGAUCGAGCAGGAAUACACCCUGUUCGAUGCCAGUGGAACUUCUCCCUACGGUUGGCCCGCAGGUGGUUUCCCGGGUCCACAAGGCCCAUACUACUGUGGUGUCGGAACCGGCAAGGUUUUUGCCAGAGACAUCGUCGAGGCUCAUUACAGGUGUUGUCUGUACGCCGGCGUGACGAUCUCGGGUGUCAAUGCUGAGGUGAUGCCCUCCCAGUGGGAGUUCCAAGUCGGCCCAUGUGAGGGAAUCGACAUGGGAGACCAUCUGACCAUGGCCCGAUUCCUUCUCUACCGAGUCACCGAAGACUGGGGAAUCAAGGUCUCCUUCCACCCCAAGCCCUUAGCCGGAGACUGGAACGGUGCCGGAGCGCACACCAACUACUCUACCGCUGCCACCCGUCAACCGGGCGGGAUCAAGGCGAUCCACGAAUAUAUCGAGAAGCUCGGCAAGCGACACAACGAGCACAUCGCCGUCUAUGGAGCCGACAACGACCAACGUCUCACCGGUCGUCAUGAGACUGGUCACAUCGGAAACUUCAGCUCCGGUGUCGCUCACAGAGGCGCCUCGAUCCGAAUCCCUAGACACGUCGAAGCCACCGGCGAGGGAUACUUGGAAGACCGUCGUCCUGCGUCCAACAUCGACCCUUACCAAGUCACCGGAAUCAUCGUCGAGACUACUUUACUCCAAUAGAUUUGUAGCUCUCUCAGAAUAUCCAAACUUGUGUUUUAGUGUGUGAGACUCAAAAGAACGCUGUCUCUCACAAAGUCCUUUAUCCCCCCCCCACCUUUCUUUCUUUCUUUCUUCUCGCAACAUAACCCCCCCCCCCCUCCACGUGAUGUUCUUGUUUCCAUUCUUUACGUUUUGAGUCAGUAAUCAAUUGACGUCGUAUCAGUUUACCCU